AUGGUCAUCACCGACGAAGAGCAGCCUCUGCUCCGCAUCAUCUCGCAUGAUUACGACAGCACCCAGCAGGACGACCAUGGCGUAAAUGAGGGAGACGACGCUCUUGAUUUUGAGCCUCUGGACCCUGAAGAUCCCCGGAAUUGGUCUUGGGGUUAUAAAUGGGGCAACGUCAUGCUACUGGCCUUCAUGGCCUUCACAGUCACGUUUACAUGCAUUGGCGUCGUGCCUUUGGCCACCACAAUCGUUGAAGACCUGGACGGGAGACACACCAGUUCGGCCAACAGUGCACUACUCGUCACCAUCUGGGAACUCGGAGAAGCUGCUGGACCUUUGCUAAUCGCACCCUUGUCUGAACUCGUCGGACGCUCUCCUGUGUUCCACGUUUGCAAUAUCGGAUUCAUUGCUGCCAGCUUCAUAGCAAUCUUCAGCCCAAAUAGCACAAUCUUCAUCGCUGCUAGGAUGCUCACGGGUCUCUGUGUUGCUUCGAAUGUUCUCAACCCCGCCAUCAUUGGCGACAUAUUCGAAAACGACCAACGCGGCUCGCCCAUGUCUCUCAUCAUGCUUGCACCACUCAUCGGAGGGGCCGUCGGACCCGCCAUCUCUGGUGUGAUUGCGCAGACAAUGGGGUGGCGCCGUAUUUUGGUCAUUGCUGUCGGACUGGCCAUCCUGUGUGAAUUCCUCUUCCUCGUUUACUUCAGAGAGACAUACAAGCUGGCUAUUCUGCGAAAGAGAGAAGCGAGGCUCGGUCGUGGAGCCGACAAGACUACCGAACCCCAGGACAGGCACGAGAAUGCUGUGAAACUAUGGCACUCGAUGACUCGCCCUUUUGCAGUACUCUUUGGAUCCAGUGUUCUUCUGCUCCUCUCGUUGUUCGCUUCGGUCGCUUUCAGCUUCUUCUAUGUCUUGAGCAUAUCGCUGCCAGACAUCCUCAUGGAGAGGUACGGCUUCAAACUUGCAAAGACGGGGUCUGCCUUUAUAUCUUUCAGCAUCGGAUCCUUCUGCAGUGUUUUCAUCUGCAACUUUGCGCUCGACCGAAUCUACGUGAAGCUCCGCGGCCCUGAUAGCCAAAACGGGAAACCAGAAUAUCGCCUGCCUCUUUCCAUGUUUGGCGCAAUCAUGCUACCUUUUGCAGUUACGGCCUACGGUUGGAUUGCCGAAUACCGGCUUCCUGUACUGCUACUUCUCUUAUCCGUCGUAUUCAUGGGCAGCACUCUGCUACUCACGGUUAUACCGCUAUCCAACUAUGUGGUUGAUGCGUUUGGCAUGUACUCCGCCUCGGCACUGACUGGCGUCAUUGUUACUAGAUGCCUCAUGGGCACAUUCCUGCCGUUGACAACCAGUCCGCUGACUGAGCACCUGGGCUACGGGCUAGGCUUCACCUGCUUGGGUGCGCUGAGCUUGGUACUGUCAGUCGUGCCAAUCUAUGUAUUCAAGUAUGGAGAAAAAUGGCGGCAGUAUUCGGACUAUACGAGGGACUGUUGAUAGUCAUUAUGUCUGAUGAGGGUGUUUUGAUUAAACGUAAAUUUCGGCAUUUGCAGGCAUCAUUACAUAUAGCGAGACUUGUUUUUGCAUAAAGCAAUCCUUGGUGGUACAGUCAAAAGUUGGAUGCUGGUCAGAAAGCGACGAAUUGUGAAUACAAUCUAGAA